CCAGCGGCCGCCCUGCCGCCCGUCUGCUACCUGCACGCACAUGGGCAGGUGUCGGCGGCCGCACUGCUCUACACGGGCGGCGUCGUGCUCUUCGCGGGCUCCAUGCUCUACGGCAUGAGCUACUACUUCCGACGCAUCAUUGGCUUCAUCUACCUCAGCGAGAGCGGUGGCACCGUCAAAGUGGCCCACCUGACUUUCUGGGGACGGCGCAGGGAUGUCCUGUGCCCGCUGGAGACCGUCAUGACGCUGGACGACGUUGGGGACAGCAAACAGGAGCUGCUGCGCCAGUUCAGGCGGUACGAUAGUGCGGACAUCCUGUAUUUUACACUCAAGUAUGGACAGAUUGUGGAUAGAGAGCGGUUUACUCAGAUAUUUGGAGAACUUGAGUGA